AUGUCGCUGCCACCUGACCUUGCUUAUACCAAAGCUCUGCCAAAGGUGGAGCUCCAUGCUCAUUUGACAGGCAGCAUCAGUAGAAGAUGCUUGCACGAGAUUUGGAAGCAGAGAGCCUCCAAAGAUUCUUCCUUUGGCCUGGAGGAUCCAUUAACGGCAAUCCCCAAGGCGACGGAUGGCAACAUUGAUGUAGUCAGUUUCUUCCCCAUAUUCGACAAGUACAUCUAUUCCUUGGUCUCGGAUGAAGAAAGCAUACGAUUCGCAACCACUACGGUUCUGGAAGAGUUUCGAGAGGAUGGAGUCCGUUACCUAGAGCUCCGUACUACACCUCGCGCCGUACCAGCCGCUAGGAUCAGCAAGGACGAUUACAUUGCCAUCGUCUUGAAGGCCAUGGCGGACUUCAGAAUGUCGAAUGACAGCUUGCACGUAAAGCUCAUACUGUCUAUCGACCGCAAGAACACGCUUGAUGAAGCCUUUGAGGUUGUACAACUGGCACUCAAAUAUCGUCGCCUGGGAGUCGUCGGUGUAGACCUUUGUGGCAACCCAGCCCGCAGGCCGAUCUCCCACCUGAAGCCCGCCUUUAUCGAAGCCAAUACUCAAGGUCUUGCCAUCACACUACACUUUGCAGAGAUUGCUCAGCCGGAUUCUGACGAGCUAGAAGAGUUGCUAGCAUGGAACCCGCAGCGCAUCGGGCAUGUAAUUCAUGUCCCCAAGGAGCUAAGGAAGUCUAUUGGAGACCAAAGGCUCGGACUGGAAUUAUGUCUGAGCUGCAAUGUGCUAGCCAACUUGAGCGAAGGGGGAUAUGCAUCCCAUCAUUUCGGUGAGUGGUGGAGCGCUGGGGCGCCCAUCGCUUUGUCUACUGACGAUGUCGGCAUUUUUGAGUCGAGUUUGAGUAGCGAGUAUUUGCUGGCUGCACAUCACUUCAACCUCGAUCGUAAGCAGCUUCUGGAACUCAGUAGAAGUGCGUGUGCCACCAUAUUCGGUGAUGCGGAUGAGGUGAAAAGGUUAUCCAAUCUCCUAGACGGGUUCUGCGUGUUGGCAUGA